AUGCAUGCCACCCACUGCAGCAGCAACAAGAGCAGCAACAGCACCACAAACAGUAGCAGCAGCAAGAACAGCAGCAGCAGUAGCAAACAGCCAGAGCAACAGCACCUACAGCAGCAAGAGCAGCAGCAACAGCCCAAGCAACAACAGCAGCAACAGCCACAGCAGCUGCCACAGCCACAGCAGCUGCAACAGCAACAGCAACAGCAGCAGCAACAGCAACAGCCACAGCAACAGCCACAGCAGCAGCAACAGCAACAGCCACAGCAACAGCCACAGCAGCAGCAACAGCAGCAGCAACAGCCACAGCAGCAGCAGCAAGAAGAGCAGCAGCUGCAGCAGCAGCAGCUGCAGCAGCAGCAGCAGGAGCAGGAGAAAGAUGAAGAUGUACUUGGUGACGGGUAUAUUACGGCCAUUAGGAAUAAGAUCUUCUUCUUGUGUAGUGUUUAA